AUGUCAGAGUUCGAGAGCUUGCCUAUCGAAACUGUGACCGAUAUCUUCAUAAGGCUCCCCUUCGAAUCACUGAUGCAAUGCAUGUGCGUCUGCAAAUCAUGGCACUCCCUAAUUGCCGACCCUUUCUUCAUCAACAGACAUCUUAUCAACCAGCAAGGUUGUUUUACCGAUAAUGACAAUUGUUGUUUUCUCCUCCAGUCCAAUAAAGGUUUUGGUGACAAAUUUGGUUAUUCUUUACGUUGUUGCAAAACAUUUGCCGAGCAGAAGCAACUCAAAGUUCCCAAUACCAUCGAGGGAUGGCGAUACAUGAUCAUUGCUUCUUGUAAUGGCCUACUCUGCCUCCUUAUGAGAAACCAAAUGAGGUCGGGAUAUUCUCGUGUUCUUCUCUUAUGGAAUCCUUCAAUCAAGAAAUUCAAGAUCCUCCCGAGGCCUAAAUUCCAGGCUGGUUCCUCUGAUGAACUAGCUCACGGGUUUGCGUUCAUCCCUCGUGCUAACGAUUACAAGGUUGUGCGACUUAUUCACAACAAAAUUGAAGGCUCUCCAAAAGUUGAGAUUUACACUCUGAGCACAAACUCUUGGAGGACCUGGAUUGGUGAUGGCAUUGGAUGUGUCGUGACAAAUCGUUGCCGCCCUGUGUUCAUUAACGGAGCUGUCCAUUGGAUAGCACUCAAUAAAUGUAGAAGUCCAAUUUGUUCAAGCUUGAUAAUUGCAUUCAAUAUGGAGUAUGAGGUUUUCAGAGUGAUACCGAGCCCUAGAUAUGACCUUCCUCAUCCCAUCAGCUACCCGUGUGGAGUGCUUUUCGUUGUAAGCGAAAAACUUGCUUAUUUUGUCAAGCACGUAUUAGAGGGCCGUGUAUCAUGGGACUUGUGGGUGUUGGAGGACUAUGGUGUUGCAGAGUUUUGGACUAAGUUGCAUACCAUAAGACUACAUGCUAUUGGGAGAUUCUUAUACCCUCUGCAGCCUCUAAAGAAGGGUGAAAUUCUUUUUGGUGGGUUGAGAGAUAAGAAAUUGUACUCGUUUGACCUCAAAAGGCAAGAAAUUAAGGAGAUUGAUCAAGAAGCGGAUGGACUGCCUGAUGUGAUUAAUUACACUGAGAGCCUUGUUUUGCUUAAUGAAGGAAUUCCUGAUUCUUCUAGUGCUGCAAUGAUAGAAUUGAAGGAGAAGGAGAAGGAGGAGGUGAAGGAUAAGAAGGAGGAGGAGGAGCAAAGGAUCAUUACAAAUGCAAUGGAUUUCUUAAAGUGCAAUUGGGGCUUGCUAGUGUUCUGCUUCGGAUUCACAUUGCUGAUUUGGUCUUCCAUUAGCCAUUAG